AUAUAUCCGCAGCCGCUGCGGAUAGCGCGCUCCUUGAUGCUUCGUUACUGUCUUGAAGAUUCCUUCUGAAGUUAGUUUAUAAACCCCUUGGGUCUACAACGACCCACGUACGGAUAGGGAAGCCCUCAAUACCCUCGACCGGACGCAUAAUACAAUGAUCAUUAACCGCCCACGUAGGGCACUACGUCAAUGUUGAUAUGUUGUUGGUCGUUACCUUGGCUGUGCUGUUUUUUAUAAUUGGGCUCUUUUUUAAAUCUGCUUUGGACUAUGUGUUAAGCAUCUUUGAUUGGAAUGAAUUAUUACAAACCGAAGGCUCAUACGAUGAUACGAGUACCUCAGAGGAGUUUCCGUUUUUUGAUCACGUUGAGGUGACACUCGGGCCACAGACAAAUGAUGCGCUGCAAGCAAUUUUUGAUAUCAUCAUCGAGCGCUAUUUAUUGUCAUGGUACAGAAAUUUGUCCGGAAGUCCUGAUUUUCCAAUACAGGCCCGUAUGUACCUACAACACCUUUCCUCCGCUCUCAUACACAGAUCAAAAUCGAUCCAGAAGAAAGAUUUUUCGGUUGAACGCUUAGUGAAGUUGGUUUUCGGGCAUCUGGAGCACAUUACUUCUAUUCUGCAAUCAAUCAGGAGCACUGAUUGCAUGUUGGAAGACUCAGUGAUUCGGGGCUUUGGCUCUCAUCUGCACAUAGCUAUGGCCUCAAGAACCACCGAGCUGGCCUACCUGCGAACAUUGGUCAAUCGGCUGCUACCCUACGUCAGCCUGCCCCCAGGGCUAUUGCCCCAGAAUACGACGCUUCCAAAUAGGCGGGAUGCUGCAGAUCUAUUUGGAGUCAAGCAAGAUCUGCUGUCACCUCAACGAAAAACUAUUGGGCAAACGCGACGCAAUACCGCUAACGCAAACCCUCAUGUCACGCACAGUUCUCCAAACAGUGCGUUAGCAACAACACCGGCCCUUCUUCCAUUUGGCGCGAAUCGGGCUGCGUACAGUCUUUUGGUCGAAAUACUGUCAACCUGCGUCCUCUUGCCUGCGAUGGAUGCCAUAGCAAAUCCAGAUUUUAUAAACAAGAUCGUCCUCCAAUGUUUCAGUGAUGCAUCACCUCCCGCUGCCCCGAUCCCACCAUACGUAACCCACGUCCCUGUACUGAAUUCCUACGUUGUGGAGUGGAGAAAGUGGCUUUUGAGCAAGCCUAUUGGCCCACUCCGGCUAAGGGAUAUAUUACAACGACAAGAAGAAUUUCAUUCGUUCACACAAUACAUGAAAUCGAUCCGCUCCACGGUGGCACUAACAACUGUGCUGUUGAUGAAUGACGUUGAUCAGCGUAUUCGCAGUGGGAGCUUGUCUACAGAUACCUGUCACGAGGUGCGCACACAAAUUCGUCACAUUCUUCAGCUGAUCCGGGGUUUAUCCACUCCCGACUUUGAGCCAACGGAUGGUGACUACACCAAUGGAUCAACCGAGAAAGGGAGGAACGUGUGCACUGCUGUUUCACACGACACCUGCCAUGGGACGAGGCCGCUUUUGUUCGGACUGUCGAAUGACUUUGAAGCGCUUCUAAUCACCUUUUUGAACAAGCCACCGGAGACAAAAUCUUUGAUUUGGCUCACACAUAAGUCCCUAUGGAAGGAUUCAUGUAACGUUGUUUUCGAGGCAAUUGAGCGUCGUUAUCUUCCUCUCUACAUCGAAAGCCCGGAGUAUCUUUCACGAAUGUUCGGUAUGGCCCCACGACGCUCCUCAGCAGUUACAACUGGUCACAGUGGUUCACCGAGGCGCGUCUCGACCGAGGGAUCCAGUCUGUUUGGUAUUCCUCUGCGUACUUUGUUUUCAACACCUACGGUUGAGGGACGGGUGUUACGAAAUCUGGAGCAAGACACUUCUCGACCUGUGGUCAGUUUGGUCGACCGUUCCACGAAAUCUGGUCCCCGCAGUGUUCCCCUUCGAGAUCGUGCCACGGAGGCUUUGAACACAGAGCCAUCCCGAGCACUACUCAGUGGUCUCACAACGGAUUCGCAACAUCAGCUGCAUGUACAUUAUCUGCUUCACUCACACCAAAUCGAUAUGUCUGAUUGGCGCGUCUUUAUACCUGGACUGUGUCGUCCCGAGGUGCAACCUGGUCGUCGGUUGAUCGAUCAGUUAGUUCCAUCUGGCGCUACUCCUAUCUUUUCUCAUUCGGCACGUUCUUCAGAGUACGCCGCCAGACCCCAUGACGCUACUUUUAAAGCCAAAAUCUUGAACGAGCUCAAUUUACUGCAGUCCGGUCCCAACCGCUUGCCACAACUUUCCUCACAAUUCAUGUACACCGUACGAACUGAACGCAUCGUGAAUGGGGCACGCCAGCCGAUUGCUCGAGUUGCACGUAAAUACUCGGAGUUCUACGUACUAGAACAAAAAUUGCUUGAGUUUCAUGGCAGUGCAAUCACGCGACAAUUGCCGAAGAAGCAACUAGUCCCGCGCACUUUUGAAUAUCUCGAAAGCAAACGUGAAUUGCUUGAGGAUCACUUGCAAUAUCUGAUUUCGCAGCCGUUUCUGCGCAACAGCGAAUUGUUACACGGGUUCCUCACUUCCAAGACCACGUUUAGUAACAAUGUUUUGUUUGAGUUGAACCUUGGACGUUUUGCCAAAUCCGUCCCACUCAAGCUGGCUAAGGAGAAAGGUCAGUUUCUGGACUCGUUCUUGGUUGCGUUUUAUAUCUCCUGCAACCCGCAACCAAUUUCCAUGGAACCGGUCGACUUGCGUCCCUCAGAGCCAGUGUUGACCGUUUUACCGGGUGGCGGUGUGGGCACACUUGCUGGUAUCGACGCAAUGAUCUCUGCCGAUCACUACGUCUGCGGUGCUACAGAUCUAGCUUCAUCGGGUUCCACGUCUGGUGCACUCUCGGACCGAAGGCGAGGCUCUGUUACUACUACAAUAGCUGCCGCUCCGCCACAAUCGAAGAUGCAAACGUCUCUUAGCGCAGUCAAUGGACCGCCCAAUUCUCGAAACUUGAAGCGCACCUGGCUCGAAAAUCGUCUGAGAACAAAAGCAUUCUGGAAUAACGCUAGCUUGUCGACGGAGUCGAAGAUGGAUCUAAGCAACACACCUUGCAAUUUCGUGACAAUUUAUCAGUCGGGCCUAUGCGAGCUGUUCGUCUUCGUUUUCGAGAAUCUCAUCCAUCCUGACUCAACUUUACUUCCCAUCGAGGCGGCUACUCCAGAAUCGCGUACUGUGCAAUCAUCAAGUUCAUCGUCCUCAAGCGAGCCAAGUUCAGCGAAGGUUGUAAGGAAAACUAAUUCUGUGUUCGACCCUUGGGAUGUAACCAGCGUGGAAUGGAGCGAAGCGGCCCUAAAUGGACCUUUACCACAACCGUCUGUGAAACUGGAUACUAAUCCUUUAGCAGUGACACAUUUGGAGAGAGCUUAUUCUGAAUCGUCUCCUCAAUGUUCAACGGAAACUGAGCAAACAAAACCUGAAUUGCGUUCACCACUUACCGUGUCCAUUACAUUGGCCGACCUCUUAGAAACUCUCCGUCGACUAUUCGACCUGGUGUCUACACAUUUAACCUAUCAAGUACGUCAUCUACUCCUCUGGACUGCACAUCUGGUGUGUCGGUAUUUCAGCAAGACAGUCAGUCGUUGGCUGACCAAACACAUCACUGCCAUCCUAAUUGGACUACUUACUGAUGAGAAUUUGGCUUACGCGUUGCAAGCACUCAAGGCCACUCUUUUCUAUCCAUAUACUCCAAGCACAGAAUCAGAAAAAGAUGAGCGAAAAUUACAGGCACACGCCUCGUUACGGCGCUUGAUUUUAGACCACCCUGUGGUAUACAUCUUCAACCGAGAGGAGCUGGAGCAUUGCGUCGACCGACUGUUUUUCUGCUUUCAGCAUCCAAAGUGGAACAAACAACUCACAUACACCCUCCUUGAUCAACUAGUCAUUGAUUUGUUUCCUGAACUGUCACACAGUACGAGAUUCACCUAAUUGGUCCUUAUUACCCUGUUCAAAUUAGACUUGUCCUAUUUGCCCGCUCCCCAUUGUACAUAGUACGUUUGUAUUUGAAACACUCAUUCUUUCCUUGAACUCUCACCAAUUUGUUCCUGCAGUUCCAUUCUCGUCCUCGCGCAGCCUUUGCACUUUUUACGGCCCAUUGCUCGUUGCAGCCUGGACCUUGACCGCAUCGUUUUUCCGUUUCUCUGAAUGCUCUCACUUUCGUCAACUCGUCUGCGGUCUGGUCCCGGCUGCUUAACUCGCAUUUUUCGCGCUACCCUGAGGAUUAUUCGUUCACACUUUCUGUUGGUCGAUUCCCAUAGACGGAGCUGUGCUACGUUUUGUAAACAAUUUCCCCACGUUGUUUUUCUGCCAGCUCAUUCAAUCAGAUGAGCCGAUUGACCACCGAAGGUCCACAUUAUUGCCCCAUGCUUAUUUCUGCUGCUCCAAACUGCCUCGAGUCGUUUCGGCACAUGAACUCGUACCAACGGUUUAUUCACAUCCACCUUGUUUGGUAGGAAGAACUUACUCCUGAAGUUCUUUUAUUAGUGGAAUGAUGCCCUGCGUCUGAUUUAUAUGCUUUCCCAUUUAUGAGCGAAUUUUUUCAACGGAUACUCUUAUCCCUGUUUUCUUGCUUGUUUCGAUAGACAGAAGUGCUUCCAGCUGUAAAAAUCCAAACACGAGGAUUGGACGUAUCGAAAGUUGACACAGAAAACCAGACAAUAUAUUCAUAUGUGGCCUCAAAAGAAACGUGUUCAAAAGCCAUGGCAAGGAAACGGGAGUUCUGAGUAUUUAACAAAGUUUUCAAGAAAACUAAGAGUAAAUGGAAAACGGGAUCACCAAAUAUGUAAAGAACGAGCUAUCACAACAAAAAUAGCUCUACUCAGAACUCAGCCGGUUUAGGCUAAAACAGUCACUGACCCACAAUGGCCUUCCGACUUCGAAUGAUGAACGAUGCUUUAUCACGGAUAAAAUAAGCAAAUGCUUGGCAAGACCCGUAGGAUGGGUGGUGUGAAAAUUAAAAGGAUAAGUGAAUUUUCACAGUAAGCGUCUACCGAUUAAACUGCACUGUUGCAUAACGUUAGUUUGAAAUGGGAAUGGAAUGUACACACACAAAGUCAUUUGGAGAGCGGUUAUAGUUCACGUGCUCCGUGAGAACUAAAAACAUCGUUCACUAGUGUAGCAAAUAACAACGAAGCUGGGACCCAACAAACUCCACGCGUGCGCCAGCCGCAGCUACUACCUUACUUUUCCGUCCUCACUUUGUUCCACCACCUGACAUCUGAAUUAUAGAACAAUUAGAAAUGAAUUCUGUACAACCCUUUCGAAAUAUGGUGGAAAACAUUAUAAAAGCUCUCAGUCGUG